UUAUCUUGUCUGCCUUCAAUGAUUUUUAACGAUGGUUUAAAUAGACUUACGAGCAAUACUUCGCAUCAGUAUUAUUUGUGACACUAAUGUAAUAACAUAUUGUUCAUAUUUAUUAUUAAUUAACUGUUAAUAUGGCACAGAAUGGAGUCGAAAAUGAAAUCAAGGCCUCUGCUUUGGAACUUAUCGGGAACACACCUAUAGUCGCCCUCGACAGGCUCUGGCCGGGACCAGGUCGUAUUCUUGCGAAAUGUGAAUUCAUGAAUCCUGGAGCAUCUAUCAAGUGCCGUUCAUCACUUCAUAUGAUAGAAAAGGCUCGUGAAAACGGUGAUCUAAAACCCGGUGCGCCUGUCCUUGAGGUAACAUCUGGAAAUCAGGGAUGCGGCCUAGCUGUCGUAUGUGCAGUACUUGGGCAUCCAUUGACACUUACCAUGUCUAAGGGUAAUAGUGUACAGCGAGCUAUACAUAUGGAAGCUCUCGGUGCGAAGUGUGUUAGAGUACCUCAAGUCGAAGGUUCUUACGGCAACGUGACCUUGGCCGAUGUAAAAGCAGCCGAAGCGGAGGGCUUAAGAUUAGUCGAACAAACAGGUGCAUAUUACGUUAAUCAAUUUAACAAUACCAUGAACGCAGAUUCACAUUACUGCAACACUGGACCUGAAAUCUGGAGACAAACUGGACAGCAUGUUGAUGCGUUUAUAGCAACAGUCGGUACCGCUGGCACGUUUGCUGGAACUUCUAAAUAUCUAAAGGAAAAAAAUAGUAAUAUUAAGUGUUUCGUUGUCGAACCAGCAGGUUCCGAGCCAAUUAAGGGUUGUCCCAUUACAAAACCAUUACACGUUCUACAAGGAUCCGGAUAUGGAUGUGUUCCUAAUUUAUUUAACUUUGAGAAUAUGGACGAAACUAUUAGCAUUACUGACGACGAAGCGAAACAUUUUAUGAAACUUAUUGGUGAGAAGGAAGGUUUAUAUGUGGGAUACACGAGUGGGGCCAAUGUCGCGGCGGCAGUGAAGCUGUUAGAGUCAGGAAAGUUGCCGAAUGACGCUUGGGUCGUGACCCUUCUGAAUGAUAGUGGAUUAAAGUACACCCCAGUGCCUGCUGAGCUGACAUAAUAUAAAAUAUUUAUAACUGACGUGUAAAUUUGACUUGUAAUUAAUGAAAGUAUAUUAUUUAUUCGCAUAUACUGUAAACUGUAACUUCAUUUAAGAUAGCAAUUUGUUUAUUUAAUAAUUAAGAUAAAACAUUUAUAAAUGUAUCUACAUAGAGAUUCUAAGAACUCAUACUGUCUAAAAAAAUAAAGAUUUA